CCUCUGAUGAAGCGCAAUGCUGACAACUUUGUCCUGGUUGUGAGCUCGGACUGACUGUAUCUCAUAGCAGGAGCGUCCUCUUCGAAUUUUCCUUGACUAGUAUAUCAUUCCAGAUACCUCACCAGCGUUUCCUGGGACAGAUCGGUUGAGCCACCAAAUCGUGCGCAAACAGAGGCCAACAUCAAGAUGGAUCAAGCGGCCGAACAACCGCGGAAGUGUCCCGGGUUGAACUGCGACAACGAUGCGUCGACAUUACAGUGUCCCAAAUGCAAGGAGAUGGGCGUUGACAGUUUCUUCUGUUCACAAGAGUGCUUCAAGCGGAGUUGGGCCGAGCACAAAGCCCUCCACAAGAGUACGAAUCCUCUCCGCAAUAUCUUUGCCCCGAAUGUCGUUUCUAAAGUUGAUCCAGAAAGCGGCCACUUCAACCCCUUCCCUACAUAUCCCUUCACCGGUCCGUUAAGACCUCUCUAUCCUCUGUCGCCCAAACGAGAGAUUCCGAAAUCAAUACCGCACCCCGAAUGGUCGCAAGAUGGCAUUCCGAGAUAUCCAUACGUCAGAAAGAACAAUGUCCAGGUCCUCGACGAGAAGGGCAUAGCGGGCAUGCGGAAAGUCUGUAGAUUAGCAAGAGAAGUGCUGGAUAUCGCGGCGGCUGCGGCAAAGCCUGGCGUCACGACCGACCAGAUUGACGAGAUUGUGCACAAUGCUUGCAUAGAACGAAAGUCAUACCCUUCGCCCCUGAACUACAACCACUUCCCCAAGUCCGUGUGCACAUCACCGAAUGAAGUGAUCUGCCACGGCAUCCCGGAUCAGCGCGUCCUCCAGGACGGCGAUAUUCUCAACAUCGACGUGACGCUCUACCACGAAGGCUACCACGGUGAUCUGAACGAGACGUACUAUGUCGGCGAUAAGGCCAAAGCAAACCCAGACAACGUCCGCUUGGUGGAGACGACGCGGCAAUGUCUAGACAAGGCGAUCGAGCACGUGAAACCGGGCGUCAAGAUCGCUGAUUUUGGUGACAUUAUCGAGAAGCACGCCAAGUCACAGAAUCUCAGUGUGGUCAAGACGUAUUGUGGUCACGGUAUCAACUCUCUUUUCCACUGUGCGCCUAACGUGCCACAUUACGCGAAAAACAAGGCCGUUGGGAAGUGCAAGGCGGGAAUGACAUUCACCAUCGAGCCAAUGAUUUGUCUGGGCCAACACAGAGACAAGACAUGGCCAGAUGACUGGACGGCGGUGACGGUAGAUGGGAGUCGGUCGGCACAAUUUGAGCACACCAUGCUUGUCACGGAGGAUGGUGUCGAGGUCUUGACGGCUCGGUUACCCAACUCUCCCGGCGGUCCAAUACCCAUACCUGCAGCAACAAAUGGUGAUGCGACGACGACGAAUGGAGAUGCUGCGGCAGCUUGAACUCAGUGAAAAAUGAUAGCGAUUUAGCUGAUACCAUGUCGAAUAUGAGUUAAGCAUUGCGGUAGGCGUACUGUACUCUGCAUUAUCUCCCAAUGUCCCAAUGUUCCUUAGGUUUAAUGGGCUGAGUCCCUGAUUGCUGCGAAGAAGCUGGCUAAGGGUACGCUGCAGGCGAAUACCAGCAUCCCAAUAUACCCAAGUGUACGGCGUAAGGCCAUCAUCACUUUAUAGACCAGUCCCACAAUCCUCUUUCGCCCAUGUUCUAACUUCAGUAGAC